UUUAUCAUACGUAUAAAUUUUUCAUUUAGCAAAAGCUGCUAUUCUAUUGUUUCAAUGUGUCGGAAAAUUCCAUAAAUUUCCAGUUGUAUUUUAUAUAAAUACUACAAAUAAUGGUUUCAUACCAAUGUCGUACAUGUCGUGAGACAAAUGUUGGCAACUUCUACUCAUUAGCAGAACUUUUGGAUGAGGAGCGCUACCCAAAGAAAACACUAGGAGACUUUCUAUGGGACAUCGCAAAAAUUAAUAAUAAGAGCGAGGAUGCUCGGCGUCUGCCCCAGCAAAUUUGCGGAGGUUGCUCAAGGAAACUUAAAAAUACCUAUUCUUUUGUGUUACAAGCACAGGUGGCAAAUAAAAAGUUAUUUGCUAGUUUAUAUGUCGAAAGCCUUACCUCUAACGCUGGUAAAGACCUGGCAGGCAAAAACAAUGAUUGUCUUUUGGAGGCUCCUAUUGAUAUACCAAUGCGGCAAACGGAAAUUAAAAAAGAAGCUGAUUUCGUAGGCGAGGAAGUUACUGAAUGCAGUGAAGACUUAACUGACAUAAAUACAAACGAAUGUGAUAGGGAAGGAAAAAGUAGCAAUGAAGUUGUUCAAUUCGUAAAGGAAGAAAUGCAAAUUGAUUUGAAUCCGGAUGAACCGGAUGCUGAGAGUGUUAGCACAGAAGAAAGCAUAGGACUCGAUCCUAUAACCACCGUGGAAACUACCUGGCACAGUGAGAAGACAGGAAAUGAUCUGUUUGAAAAUCGGAGUGACCUAGACACUAGCAAGAGUGAAACUCCUCCUUUAAAACGACGUCGUGGAAGACCACAAUCUGCGAUUACAUUUGAAUAUACCUUCUGUGAAGGAGAUGGUAGAUAUUAUUGCAAUAAAUGCGAGAAGAAUUUUGCCUGGAAAAAAGAUGCAGAACGCCAUAUGAAAAUACAUUUAGGAAUUUUUCCAUAUGAAUGCGCACAAUGCAAUAAACGUUUUCAGCGAAAGGAUAAAUUUAACAAACACAUGAAGUUGCAUUCCAAACAAGAAAUCGCGAUUAGUACAGGAGAUGGCCUGCUAAACGUAGAAUCAAGUUUGCAACUGGAAAUAGAAGAGAUUGAAACGAGUGACGACCAAAGCGAGGAAGACAGUGCUGAGCCCGCUUCGUCAUCUGUACUCCCAUCGAAACGGCGACGUGGUAGAACAGUGUCUACAAAAAAAUUGGAAUUCACAUUUUGCAACGAUGACGGACGUUAUCACUGUAAUAGGUGUGAUAAAGACUUUGCUUGGAAGAAAGAUAUUGAACGCCAUGUAAAAAGCCAUUUUGGCAUUUUUCCAUAUGAGUGCAUCAAGUGCAAUCAACGUUUCCAGCGAAAGGACAAGUUCGCAGAACACUUGAAGAGCCAUACAAGUCGUGAGGCAGGAACUAAACGGCCACGUUCAACACUGCGCGCAGAGUGGAACUUCGCGGAACGUCUUUAUACAGAUCUGCACUUCCGCUCGAUCGAAUGCAAACUCUGCACCGAAGCUAUUCCGAAUAUAGGCGCAUUACGACAGCACUUGCAAACUCAUUAUAAACCCGAAACUUUGUGUUUAGAUGUUGAAGGUGAAGUAGUUAAAGAGCUGUUUCCUAAUUCUAAUUGCGAUAUAGGCAAAAUUAAGACGCAGAUAUGCAAAGACAUUAAAGAUCAGCGCUAUGCGAAAUAUUAUGCCAUUGUUAAUGCGUACGGUUAUGAAAUGGCGCUUAGCGAUUCUGAUUCAGAGUCCAAUACGAGUGAGACUAAGUACGAAUGUGAGUUGUGUCAUGCAAAGUUUGCGCGCAAGUAUCAAUUAUUUCAACAUUCCAAGACAGAACAUGCAGAAGAGAAACUGCCACAUAAGUGCAACGUUUGCAAGUUGGAAUUCGUUAGCGGAAAAAUGUUUGAGUUACAUUCACGCACCCAAUGUAGAAAUCGGGACAGAAAAUAUCAAUGCCUCAAAUGUCCGGGCAAGUUCGUGUGGUUACAUAAUCUUCAAGGGCACAAGUGCUCCAAUCGCUUGAAUGUGUAUGUGCCCAAAUGGCCAGAUAAACGCAAACUCCAUCUACUGCAGUGCAAUUUUUGCGAUAAAACAUUCCGUUAUGCAACCGACUUGAAGCGCCAUCAAGAGACGCACAGCUUGAACAGCCGUUCCCAUGUGUGCGCUAUAUGCAGUCAACCUUUUUUGAAGGCCGAGAAUUUGCGUCAACAUUUGCGGCAGGCUCACGACCAGAUAAAACGUCGUAUUGAAUGCUGCCUAUGUAGCGAAAAACUGAAAACCCUAGCUCAGCUGCGUACUCAUUUGUCCCAUCAUUCGGAUGGUUGGACGGAUAUCAGGUACACAGAGGGGAAGUAUUUUAAGGUACAUUGGCCGCAAGGUUGCCGGGGAAAAGAGGCGGAAUUGGAACAGAGUAUUGUGAUCGAUUUUGCCGGACAGAAUUUGACGAAUUAUUACUCAGCUAUGGAUGAGAGUGGCAACGAGCUGGAUUUAAAUGACUCGGAGACGGAUCUGGAGCUGGAAAGUGGUAACGCGCCCAGUGAACAACUUUCAACUACUUCCUACACUUGCGACUUGUGCGCCGAAGUAUUUUUCAGGAGAAAACGCAUUCUACAUCAUCAACACAGUGCACAUGCGGAAGAGAAGCAACCAUUUCCUCAUGCUUGUAAUCGUUGUGAAAAACGAUAUGUUUGCUCGGGCUUAUUGGAACAACACUACAAACGCGAUUGUGGUAACAUUUAUAAGCGUUUCGAUUGCCAACGCUGUUCAGCGCGUUUUGUGUGGGAGGAAAAUCUGCACCAGCAUAUGCAACGCCAGCACAUUGACCCGGAACAGCAAAUAAGUCGUCAGCUUGCCAAUAAACUGCAAUGUGACCAAUGCAAUAAAGUGUUUGUUUGGCCAAAGGAUCUAACGCGGCACAAGCGCAUACACAUGCCAGAUGACGAGAAGUUCGAAUGUCCAUACUGCGAGCGCAAAUUCUAUCGGAAAGACCAUUUACAUACGCAUCUGAAAGUGCACGGUGCUAGCGGCAACAUGGCAGCAGCGACUACAACAGCAGCGGCUAGUAAACGCGAGUUAAAUCGUAAGGUGAAUGCUGUGGAUCCGCACCUUUGCAAACCGAACGGCUGCAAAUGUGUGCAAUGCAAAAUCUGUCUCUCCAAGCAUACAAAAAUAGCCGAUCUGCGUGCUCAUCUGCUAGAGCAUCGUACAGACGUCUCUUUGUCACAACACGUCACAACUGAUUGGGAAAUAUCUAUACUUUUCUAUCCCGACGAGGCGCCGAUGACCAAGGAGAUGCUGAUGUCACGCAUGAAAGCAGAUAUAAAUGCCGGCCAGCUAGACCGAUUUUACUCGAUCACAAAUGAAUUGGGGCAUGAGUUAAGUAUUAGCGGCUCUGAUACUGAUGAUACCGAUUCGGAUUCGGAACCUGACGAAGCAUUGCAUAAUGUGACAGGCAAUAUUAUACGCCACCCAAGACGCUCAACGUACAAUUGCGAUUUGUGCAGCGUCACAUUUACGCGGAAGUAUAAACUUUUUGCGCAUCAAGCGAGUGAGCACAGUUGGGAUGAAGCGCCGCAUGUAUGCCAGCAUUGCCAAGCGCACUUCUUGUGCGACAAGCUGUUGCAGUCGCAUUACCGCCACCAGUGCAAGAAUUUGCUAAAGCGUUACGUAUGCCGCAAAUGCCCACAACGCUUUAUGUGGAAGGAGAAUCUUAAAUUGCAUUUGCGCACAAUGCAUCCUGAUAGUGAGGAAGUGAAAAAGGUUUUCGCACCCAGUUCAUUUGAUUGUGAGGAAUGCUCAAGAAGCUUCCAGAUGCAGAAGGAUCUAACUCGCCAUAUGAUGACACAUCGCGCUGAUGCCACCGUUUUUCCAUGCCUCUGGUGUCCACGCAAAUUUUACCGCAGAAGCAAUUUGUAUUUGCACAUUAAGCGACAUGGCAUAACAUCACAUCAGUUGAGUGCAGCUGCAUCUCAUAUAACUGCCACCAAGGGGCCAAAUGGAAAGAAGGAAAUCAAGUGUCGAGUAUGCAAUGUAGAUUUCAAUAGUAUGUCUGCUCUACGCACUCAUUUGCGCCAAGAGACAUCCACGAUGCUUUCGACCCAUCACAAUUACAAUUCUCAGCAGAAUUAUUCAAUUUUGAAUGAGUUUGGAUACGAAUUGGAUAUUGAUGAUUCGGAGACAGAUGAGGAUGACAACGAAAAAAUUCCAGCGAAGGCAUACAAGUGCCAAAUGUGUGGGUUGGUUUGCAAGCGGCGGUAUGAGAUGAGCCAGCAUCAGUUAUCGGUGCACAAGCAUGAACAUAUAACGCUGAAAUGUGACAAGUGCGUGUUUAGAACGGUUUCGAGUGACAUCAUGGAACAUCAUAUGCGUACACAAUGCAAUAACACCGAAAAACUGCACCAAUGCACGCAGUGCUCAUAUAAAUUCAUGUGGCCUGAAAAUUUGGAUAUGCAUAUGAAAUUGGUGCAUCCACCAUUGCCAGACGAGACGCUGACAAGUUCAGCCGCUUUAAAUGAGGCCGUUUCCUCGGGCCGUAUAGAGCCCGUGCCGCCUCAGGUAUUCAAUUGCGAUAAAUGCGAUCGUCGAUAUAAUCGCAAAGACCGCCUAUUCGCACACAUUAGAAAAAUGCAUGGCCCAGACAGUGAUGCGCCUAGUUGUAGCAUUAAUGCAGCUAAUCUGGCUUCAAGUAUGUCAGCGAAUGCCAAAAAAACCGGACCGAAAGAGAAAAAAUUUCUCUGCGCAUUUUGCGGUCGCGCUGUGAGUUCAUCAUCUAACUUGAUUGUUCAUAUGCGACGCCACACUGGUGAAAAGCCUUUUCAAUGUGAAUUCUGCGAUAAAGCGUUUCCCCGUUCCUCAGAUUUAGCUUGUCACCGCCGUACCCACACAGGCGAAAAACCGCAUCGUUGCACUGUUUGUGACAAAUCCUUUUCACGCUCAUACAAGUUGCACACACACAUGCGCAUACAUUCUGGUGAAAGGCCGUACAAGUGCUCCUAUUGUGAGAAGAGCUUUACUCAGUCUAAUGAUCUUGCACUGCAUGUUCGCCGGCACACUGGCGAACGGCCGUAUGUGUGUAAUGUUUGCGGUGAGGGCUUCAUUCAAGGAACGGCGUUGAAGAAUCAUCGUACUAUUCGGGGACAUUUCGAAACCGAAGAAAUGCAGGACAUUUCGAUGGAAGGAGAACAAGCAAGUAGCAUGUUGCAAUUGGACGAGCAGGGUAACAGUCUAAUACAGUUGUAAGCAAAGUUAAUUAAGUGGGGUGGUGUAUCUUACAUACAUUCGAGUAUGUAUUUACAUACCUAUAUGAUAAAAUACGAAUAAAUCGUAUUAAUGUUAAUUUCAAUAGUAAUCAAUGUUAAGCUUUCUUAUUCUGCUAUUGAAUUAAAUAAAAGUUUAGUGUAUUGGUGUAUGAAUAAAUGGUUAAUCUUAA